UAAGUCGAAGGCUGCAGCGUCGGCGGCCGCUCGGGAGACUGGAACGUCGGCGGCGGCGGAGGCGGCGGGCUUGGGGGACUGGAGCGGCGUCGACGGGCUUGAGGGACUGGAGCAGCGUCGACGGGGAAUGGCCGGGCCGCAAGAUUUCCCCCUUCCACCGUGAGAGAUUCCUGUGCUUGUUCUUAGCCGUUUCCAAAUCUUUGAGGGAUUCAACCGAUUUGCCGGACGCCCCAACUCUGCCUUGUUUCCUUCGUGUCUUGGAGUUGGUUUCUUCCAGACCAUAAGGCCACUAGGUCUUGUAGCGAUAAUGGAAUCUGAGGCUGAGGCGAAUACUGUUAUACCAUUGCAGAGCCAUGACGUGCAAUCUGAUGCAGAAUCAACUACUCGAGUUAAUCCACCUCUCGAUAUAGGGUUUUUCACACCAACAAAAUCCACAAGCAUCCCCACAUGUGAUUCAUUCUACACACCAGAUUGUGAUGAAUCCAUAACUCCAACUAUUGGGAUGUAUUUUUCUGAUGUGAACACGGCAAAGGAGUUCUAUGAGGUAUAUGCACACCAUGUUGGGUUUUCAGUCCGUGUGGGCCAACACAAGUCAUCCAAUGGUGUCAUGACGCACAAGCGAUUCAUGUACGCGAAAGAAAGUUUCCGUGAGGAGAAGACGGGUAAUAUAAUUUCUGAACAUGGCACCAAAAGAAGACGUGAAAGAAAAAUUACUAGGUGUGGGUGCGGGGCAAAAAUUGCAAUCAAGCAUACAACGGAUGGUCGGUAUAUUGUCACCGUCUUUGAGCAAGUGCAUAACCAUGUACUUGUUUCCCCUAGUAAGCAGCAGUUCAUUAGGUCUAACAGGAAAGUCAGUUGUAAGGCGCAGAGUACAUUGUUCAAUUGCCAUAGUGCUUGCAUUGGGACUUCAGCGGCAUACCGGUUACUUUGUGUAGGUUUGGGGGGUUUCCAACAUGCCGGAUGCACAAAAAAAGAUCUCCAAAAUUUCCAUAGAACCCUCAGGUGCCACAUAAAGUCUUCUGAUGCUCAAAUGUUCAUCGACCAACUAGGCAGAAAGAAUCUUGCAAAUCCUGGGUUUUAUUUUGACUAUGUUAUUGAUGACAAGGGAAGGUUGGUCCAUGUGUUUUGGGCGGAUGCCACUAGUAGGAAUAAUUACAAACAUUUUGGCAACCUUGUCUCUUUUGACUCAACAUACAGCACAAAUGAAUACAACAUGAUAUUUGCCCCCUUCACUGGAGUGAAUCAUCACAAAGGAAGUAUCUUGUUUGGUGCUGCAUUCCUACAUGACGAGAAGGUAGCUUCUUUCGUUUGGUUGUUUCAGACUUUUUUAAAAGCAAUGGAAGGGGUUGAGCCUACUCUUAUGAUAACAGAUGAAUGUGCUAGCAUGAUUUCUGCAUUACAUACUGUAUUCCCAACAACCACACAUAGGCUAUGCAUGUGGCACAUUAUGAAGAAAGUUGGAGAAAAGGUGUCCCCUGAUUUGAAGUCCAACGAAUAUUUCCAUGACCAUUUAAACUUAGUCGUGUGGGCUUCUGAGACUCCUAGUGAAUUUGAGGAGCGAUGGUCCCAUGUCAUCGAAGAGUUUGGAUUGGAAGAAAAUGAGUGGUUCACUAAAAGGUUUGAGCUUCGAGAAUCUUGGAUACCAGCUUAUUUCAAUGAUAUAGCUCUCUCUGGGCUGCUCAGAACCACAUCACGAUCUGAAAGCGCCAAUGCUUUCUUCUCUCGCAUUAUUGGAUACAAGCAUGCUUUCGUUGAGUUUUGGCUUCGUUUUGAAACUGCCUUGGAGGAACAACGCCACAAGGAGCUAGAAGAUGAUAAUGUUAGCUUGCACACAUCACCUCCAUUAAAGACAUCUUGGGGAUUAGAAAAGCAUGGGAGCAUUGUAUUCACCCAUGAGGUAUUUACAGAAUUUCAGAAGGAGCUACUUGCUGACAGAGAGCAUAACACAAGAUGAUCAGGUCAAAACAGCAACCAUUGUUGAUGCUUCUACCAAAACGAGGACUGUAAGUUGGAAUAUAUCAAACAUGGUCGCUUCUUGCAGUUGCUUGUUAUUUGAAAGGCGUGGUAUUCCGUGCCGUCAUCUAAUUCACAUUCUAAGAACUGCCAGCCUAACAGAACUACCAAAUCAUUAUGUACUCAAAAGGUUCACAAAAAAUUGCAAGGUGGAUGCUGUCUUUGAUGAGGAUGGCAUUUUGUUGGGGGAAAUUACUAGCAGCUCAAUGGAGAUUGAGCUACAAAAAAUGGUUUCUGAUACAUGCAAGAAGAUGGAAGAAUUAUUAGUUCAAGCUAAGCAGUCGCAGGCUGGUGUGAAAUUCUUCAAAGAUGGAAUCUAUGCACUUGGGGAAGAAUUGAGCAAGAUUGUACCAGCCAAAGAACAAAGUCUAGUUCAACAGUUUGAGCAAUUUCUUGGUUGUACCAUUCCUGAUGAAGUUGGUAUCCACCCGCCAAAUGAUAUUCGCUCAAGGGGUAAGAUAAAGAGAAUAAAGGGGCAUAAUGAGAAGGGAAAUAAACAACAAAAGAAGGAGAAUAUACCAUGCAUGUGCAGUACAUGUAAACAAGUUGUUACCCAUGAUAGCCGCACUUGUCCUAUGAAAUCACGUCCAUAAAAAGGUUCUGUGUGUUCCGUACUGGAGGCACAACUCAUUGGAAUGGUUUGGUUCAUUUGGUAAAGCACUUGCAGUUACCAUGAUGAUUGUGUAAUGUAAUCACAAUCACCACUAUAUGAAUUCAAACAUUGUGUAAUAUAAUCGCAGUUAUGUCAACUAUUUGUAUGAAUGGGUGUAUCUGUAGUGAAAUUGAUAUCUCAUUAAUAUCUAGGUGCUUGAAUUCCCGUC